AUGUGGUUGGUGCGGCGUGCUACACGUGCUUGGCCUUCGUCACACCUGGUGGCCUUCGUUCUGUUACAGCUGGCCACAGCCGGUGCGGGCUCUGAGCAUUUGCGAAGUCUUCAUGGCCGAUGGCUGCAGCAGGACAACGCUUCGAUGGAGAUGGGGCCGGUGGUCUGCGCAGCGAAGCCGGCGGUAAGUUUUGCCGAUCAGAAGCCCAUGUGCCAGCCGUGUGCCGCCAUCACUAUCGAUGACCCCGUCAAGAGGUGCAUGUUUAACACCAGCACCUGCGAAUUUGUGGGGCCCGGCCAAACCUGCGAGAUCGACUGUGCUGCGCCAUUCGUACGAGUGGGAAACACCAGCAUUGGCGUCUGCGCAGCCGGGAAUAGUGUCCCGAACAGGAUGCUGGUGUGGCAAGAACCCACCUGCACGUGCCCAGAGCCAGUACCACAGCAGGGCUAUUCAAAGGACAGUGCUGGGCACUGGCACUGUGCACAGGGCUUCGCCGGAAUGCCGGAGAUCGUCUGCCAGCCACUUCCAGGUUGCCUCGGAGUGCAGACGUUUCUGCGCGGUUGUGACAAGCUGGUGCCGUGCGCUAUGCCCUCUGUGGACAAUUGCAGGUUCGACGUUUCUCGCUGCACCCAAGUGCCUCCGGGAGGGAGCUGUGAGAUUCAUUGCCAGCGGCCCUUGACUGGAAAUCACACAGUGGCAGUCUGCAAGGAUCUCAACGCAGAUCCACUACAGGAGUUGGAGUAUUUCCCUCUCACCUGUCUCCUCGAGUCCUGUCCAGACCCAUCUCCUUGGCCAAUGGGCUACAACAAGACCCCUGAGGGCAAGUGGACGUGUGCCAACGGCUACAACGGCACUGCCCGCAAUCGAUGCGAGUUAAGUGACACGUGGACUUCAGACUGCUCUGCUGCAGCAGCUCUGACUGGCUGUAGGCCAGUGGUCCCCUGCUUGGCUCCGACCGUAACUGGGACGGAGUCUUGUGCACUUGACUUCUCUGCUUGCACCUCUGUGGAUCCAGGCGAGCAGUGCGAGGUUCACUGCAAGAACCCCUACACCGGGGCCAAGACGGAGGCUUACUGCCCGCAAGGGAACACGAAUCCCAACGGAUUGGUUUGGACGCGGCCGCCGUGCGUCUUGGAGACCUGUGAUGAACCUGGCACUAUCCCGGCGGGCUUUCGCCGUGUGAACGACGUGUGGGAGUGUGCCCAAAGCUACACCGGCUUCGCCCAGAAGGUUUGUGACAUGACGGAGAACUGCGAGGUUAGGGCCGUCCUGCAGGGCUGUGCCCAGCUGGUGCCUUGCCAAGCGGAGCAGUCUGACUGUCGCUACGACAUGUACGGCUGUGUCAGCGUCCAGCCCGGAUCUACCUGCCGGAUUCGAUGUCAGGUUCCGUUUGCCGGCACGGAGACCAUGGGAACAUGUUUGGAUGGCAACACCGCCACCGACGGUUUGGUUUGGACACCGCCUGUCUGCACGAUAGACACUUGCGCCGACCCGGCUGAUGGCGGUGGCUAUCAGAAGGUGGAGAACGUCUGGGAGUGCGCCCCAGGCUACUCCGGCAUGGCCACGAAGACCUGCCAAUGGGCGGAGGAUGCUUGUGAAGCCAGCCCAAUGCUCUCCGGCUGCGUGCCGGAGCAACCUUGUCGCCUGCCAGAUCUGGGCGACGUACCUUGCAUGUACGACACUUCGGGCUGCAUGAAUGUGGAGCCAGGAAAGGUGUGUAGCAUCCGCUGCCAGGCUCCUUACCUCGGGCCGCAGACAGAUUUCACCUGUCCGGUGGCUAACACGGACCCUGAGAUGCCGUUGCAAGGUGUGUUGCCCGUCUGUGGCUGUGCCGAAGCGAACCCAAUCCCGCCUGGAUACAACGUGACUCGCGACCAGUUUGAGAACACGGUGACCUAUUCCUGUGCCACCGGCUACGCAGGUGUUGCACAGAAGGUCUGCCUUCCUGGCAGCGGCCCCGAAUGCACUGUGGAUCCGCUCAUGACAGGUUGUGCGAUCCCCUUAGCUUGCGAGGCGGUUUUCCAAGACGAAGGCUCCGGAGAGGGCCUGGCACGUGGGCAAAUUCACUUUGGGCCAGCAUUGGUGGGCGCUGCCGUGGACGAGGCCGACGUCUUGCGGUACGAAGUCUAUUGGGCUGACAGCUGCGAAGAUCGCGUGGAGCAGCAGGCUCUGGGCAGAUCUGUGUCGGGCCUGGGCGAUGCCUGCUGCAGGACGGACGUGUAUCGUGUCAGCAUAGACAGCCGGAAGCCGAGCACUGCGACGGGCUUCAUCGUGUACGCAGUCUUGGAGUCUGGCUUGGCACCUGUCGGCGUCUAUGUUCACUUGAACGAGACUCUUCUGGAUCGUGCGAUCAUCUCCAGCAAAGCCACCACCGCUGCUCCAGCCCUUGUUCUUCUCUUCGCUGCCUUGCUGAUGCUGGGUUGA